UCUAACGGCUCAGUUGUUUGGCUUGUGUUUUGAAGUUGGAGUUAGAAAUGGCAUCCACUAGCUACGAUAGCAUUGAGAAGAUCUGGUCGGGUCCCAAAGACAAGGAGUACUAUGGACCCGACAUGACGCUGGGCGAGGUAGCUCUGCUCAUACUCAAGCUGCAUGCGGACACUGUGAUGCAGGUCUUUGAUCCGACGGGCGAGACUCUGACCGGAGCUCAGCUCUAUGAGCAAAGUCGUCGCUUAGCUCACGCCUUUCAGCACUUGAAUCUGCAUCGGGGCGAUGUGGUUGGCAUUUCCGCCAAGAACACCACUUACCUCACAGAGGUGGUCAUUGCAGCUCUACUAAGCGGCACGCCCAUCAAUCCUCUCCAUCCGGAUUUUGAUAAGGAAACAGUUGCCUAUAUGUACGAAAUAACCAAGCCCAAGGUCAUUUUCUGCGACGUAGAUAACUACGAGACCUUGGCGGCGGUUAAGGAAAGCUUAAAAUUCAAAACGGAGCUCAUUUUGCUCAGUGGCAAGCUGCCCGGAGUGCGUAAUAUAGAAGAUCUGCUAAAGGAUGGCGCCGAAGGCUACGAUCCCAAGACGCUCUUUGCCUGUCCACAUCUCUGUGGCGAUGACACGGCCUUCAUCAUCAGCUCCUCGGGUGUAACCGGUUUGCCAAAGGGCGUCACGCGCUCGCAUCGCAGUCUGCUAAACAAUACCAAAAUCCCUCAACUGUUUACCGCGAAGACUGUGAUAUUCUGCAUUAGUCCUUUGUACUGGGUCUCCUGCAUUUUCACUCUGCUCGUCUCGCUGGUCAAUGGCUGCAAGCGCAUAAUAACGAACAAGCCCUUCAGCGUUGAAUACUUUGCCGAGGUCGUGUCACGUCACCAGGUCACCUUCGUGAUCACCGUGCCACACCACAUGGCGCUUCUGGCUAAGAGCCCACGCACGGAUCUGGUGGAGAAGCUGGCGUCGGUGCAAUCGUUCGUCUGCAGUGGAUCCAAGCUUCCACUUACCAUUUGGAACCGACUGUAUGAACUACUCGGCAGCAACAGAUUCUCGGUGCUCUAUGGCCUGUCGGAGGUUGGCGGCGUUAGCAAGAAUAUUGGCGGCCCGGUGGGCUGCGAGGGCAAGCUCUUGCGUAACAUCCAAGUGCGCAUUUUGGAUGAGAGGGGCAACGCCCUGGGUCCCAAUCAUACAGGCCACAUUCACAUCAAACUGAAUCAGCGCUGGGGCGGCUACUACCACAAUCCGCAGGAGACCCAGACAACGGUUACUCCCGAUGGCAAAUGGUUGCUGACUGGCGAUCAUGGCUACUUCGAUGACGAGGGCUGCCUGCACUUCCAGACCCGGGACACCGAUGUCUUCAAGUACAAUCACUUUCCUGUCUACCCCAAGCAAAUCGAGGAUAUCAUACAGCACCUGCCUGGUGUCCAUGAGGUUGGCAUCUUCGGUGUACCCGACGAUGUGUCCACAAAUCUGACUGCCUGCGCUGUGGUGCGAGAACAGAACGAAGAGGGCCAAAAGCUAACCGCGGAGCAGAUCAAGGCAAUUGUCGCAGAGCAUCUGAGUGAGGCCUAUCACCUAAAAGGCGGCGUUUACUUUGUGGACCAGCUGCCCAAGACGACGAACAACAAAAUACAAAGACGUCGCAUUCUAGAAGAGCUUAAGCAGAAAUGUGGCAUUACGGCCCUAAUUCAAUUCACAGUCAUCAAGAUGGGCUCCUGUGAGGUCCACUACGAUGCAGCGACUCGCACUUGGCUGGGGCCGCGAGGCAAGGAGUUCUAUGGCCCCGAAAUGACCCUCGGCGAAGUGACGAUGCGUGUGCUCAAUCUGAAUGCGGAUAAGAUCCUACAGCACUGUGAUAUAACGAACGUGCAGCUAACGGGCAGACAGCUAGCACAACAGGGCCUGACCAUCGAGAGGGCCUUCCGACAGAUGGGCCUGCAAGUUGGAGAUGUCAUUGGCAUUGCAGCCAAUAAUACGACUUAUCUAACGGGCGUCACCAUAGCCGCCAUGCUGUGUGGUACGCCCAUUAACCCACUGCAUCCAGAUUUUGAUCAAGAAACCGUCAAGUACAUGUUUGACAUCACAGAGCCGAAGCUAAUCUUUUGCGAUGUGGAGAACUAUGAGAUUAUUAAAGCGGUCAAUGAGAACUUGGCUAAGCCAGCUAAGAUCUAUCUGGUGAACGGUAAAAUCGAGGGCGUGUCUGAUGUGUGGGAUCUUCUGAAGGAAGACGAAUCCAUAGCGCCAGCUGCCUACGUGCCCUGCCCCACGCUGAAUGGCGAUCACACGGCCUUCAUUGUCUGCUCCUCGGGCACGACGGGCAUGCCAAAGGGCGUGACUCGCUCGCAUCGCAGUCUCAUUUGCAACUGCAAGAAGUUAGUGAAAAACCCUAAUACCUACACCCGCGACACAGUCGUACUCUCGUUCAGCCCGCUCUACUGGAUCUCCGGCACCUACAUGCUGCUGGCCAAUCUACUCAACGGCUGCAAGCGCAUCAUCACACAUCGCCCAUACACUGUGGAGUACCUGCUGGAGAUUGUGCAAAGGCAUCAGGUGACCUUCCUCUUCCUCGCCUCCCAUCAAAUAGCGCUGCUCUCCAAGUGCCAGAUUGACGAGUCCAAGAUCCGAGCGAAAUUGGAGUCCGUUAAGGUAUUGAUUGGGGCUGGCUCCAAGGUGUGCAAGGCCGUCUCCCAGCGCAUGUACGACCUGAUUGGCAACAUGCGCUUCGUGGUGGGCUACGGUCUCUCCGAGAUGGGCGGCAUCAGCAAGAACCUAGGCGGUCCUCUGGGCAGCGAGGGCAAGGUCAUGCGCAACGUGGAGCUGCGCGUGCUGGACAAGCUGCGCAUGCCGCUCGGCAUCAAUGAAGUGGGCAUCAUCUACGGCCACUUGCGCUACAAAUGGGCGGGCUACUACCGCAACCCGGAGGCCACCAAGCGCGCGCUCAGUCCCGAUGGCCAGUGGCUGAGAACGGGAGACAUUGGCUAUCUGGAUAGCGAGGGCUAUCUCUACAUACUGACGCGCGACACCGAUGUCUUCAAGUACAACAACUUUCAGAUCUAUCCGGAGCAGAUCGAGGAGUUCAUUCUGCGCCUGCCCGGCGUGAGCGAGGCCUGCGUCUUCGGCGUGCCCGACGAGGUCUCCACCAAUCUGACAGCCUGCGCCGUGGUGCGCACCGACGACGAGGAGGGCAGGAAACUGACAGCGGAUCAAGUGCGAAAUAUUGUGGAGCGAUACCUAAGCUCGGCCUAUCACAUACGCGGCGGCAUUUUCUUUGUCGAUUCACUGCCCAAGACAUCCAAUGACAAGCUGCAGCGUCGCAAGGUGCCCCAAAUGAUCAAGAACUUGGGCAUCGUUGCGGAAUAGCAUUAUGUACUAGAUAUAUGAUAUAUGAUAUGAAUAUAUAUUUAGAUUAAGUAAGGAGCUGAACUGCUCUAUCUAUUUGUAGGUCUAUUCAAUGCGAAGAACUGUUGAAAGGAAUCUUAAGGGGUAAGGCCUGAAUAACAGAGCUGCAUAUGUGAGGAUGGUCUGCUGAAAGACCUUUAGAUCAAGAACUUGGGCAUCGUUGCAGAAUAGCAUUAUGUACUAGAUAUAUGAUAUAUGAUAUGAAUAUAUAUUUAGAUUAAGUAAGGAGCUGAACUGCUCUAUCUAUUUGUAGGUCUAUUCAAUGCGAAGAACUGUCGAAAGGAACCUUAAGGGGUAAGGCCUGAAUAACAGAGCUGCAUGUGUGAGGAUGGUCUGCUGAAAGACCUUUAGAUCAAGAACUUGGGCAUCGUUGCAGAAUAGCAUUAUGUACUAGAUAUAUGAUAUAUGAUAUGAAUAUAUAUUUAGAUUAAGUAAGGAGCUGAACUGCUCUAUCUA